AUUUACAAACAAAAGGCCAAAACAUAGGCCACAGAACAACACAGCACUAUGGGCCAAAGCCCAUAUCAUGCAUGUAUCGUUUCUUUCUUGCUAACGCGUAUUCGUUAUCUUUUUUUUUUUUUUUUUCACUGGAAUUUUAUUAAAAAGAGUUAAAGCCCAACAGAGGCCAACCCAACAUAUUUACAAACAAAAGGCCAAAACAUAGGCCACAGAACAACACAACACUAUGGGCCAAAGCCCAGCAAGGAAACCGUCGAGGAAGAAGAGACACGCCGCUCACCACGUGUCCGAUCGUCCAGCGAUCAAUGAACACGCGUCAGAACGCGCACCACCUGCUUCCACCGGAACCAGAGAAGAUCGCGUCGGAACUCCGCCGACGGCGAAGUCGAAGCAACGGAAACCGUUCAACCAGAGUGGCUAAACACGAAGCUCGAACCGAGGAGACAGCCUGGUGGAUCUGCGAAACGAAGAAGAUACAAAACCGCCUACAAUCGAUCGAACCCCUCUGACUAUCUUGAAACUCAAACGGACAUCUUUAAAGAUACUAAUAAGCUUGAAGAUGCAACAACCCUAAAACGCUUGGGGAAAGAAACAUCAGAGAAAAGAUCGAGAGGCAGUGAGCAGAGGAAGACCGGAGACGCAGAUCUAUACGGAAUCGGGAUUAACCCGGAAGAUAGCCGGUGAGAUCGAUGCUGGAGAAGCCACCGUCUCCCGGAGACAAAAGCCGGCGAAGCCUGCAAAAGGAAACACGGCUUCCCAGAGACAAAAGCCCGACAACGCGGGAGUCAGAAUCCAGUCAACACCGGUGAUAGCUUCGUCUCGAUCUCAUCUCUGUGAAAGAUGAGAAAAGAGAGAACAGAGAGGAGAGAGACCGAAAGCUUUUUUCGCGGUUUGGUUCGCGUAUUCGUUAUCCAUAUUAGCACAUAAUAAGCGAGUCAUAUAGUAGAAAUCCUACUCUAUUCGUUAUCGUUACAUGAUUUUGAUUCUGUACAAAACGUUACACAAUCAAAUUAUAUUAAAAAAAGAGUAAUUAAAACAACAGAUUUUUGUUUUUGUCUCUUACACAUAAGUAGCGUUGACGUAUGUAUCUACGAAUAAAAAUACAUGUGCACGUAAACGUAACGAUCCUUGACAAGUUUGUCAACGAUAACGUGGACGUUGCAGUUAACAUCAUCUUGCACAAUAAUUUUUCUAACCAUAGAAAAAACGAUGGGCCGACAUUCGUAAAGCCGUAAAGGCCCAACAUAAUAAAGUUGGGCUUAUUGAGGGGAAGUCAGAUAACGGAAUUAACUAGAUCUCCGUUUGUGAACAUUUGAAAUUUAAAACUAUUUUCCCCUUUCUCCUCUAACGGCUCCUUUCUCAAUCCCUAACUCUGUUUCCUCUCUCUUCUCCUCUCUCUCUCUAAGAUCUCCGAAGAAUCUGAGCAUAUCAAUCGAUUUUUUUAUAUCGAAUCAGGUGGUUACAGUGAAAGUGUUAUUAGCUUAAACGAUGGAGAAGGUGUACGAAGAGCUAGACGAAGUCAAAGCCGCGAAUGAGAAGCUCAGAGGAGACUUCAGAGCCAAAACGGAGCUUCUUGAGAACCUGAAGAAGGUUCAGAACAAGCAGUUGAUAGAGAUUCAAGAGGCGAGAUCUGUAAUCGAGAAGCAAGGUUUUGAAUCCGAGGAGAAAGCCAGAGAAAUCUCUGAGUUGAAGCGAACGAACGAGGAUCUGCAGCGUUGUUUGAGGGAGAAGGAUUCUGUUCUCAAGCGUUUGAAUGAAGUUAACGAUAAGCUUAGAGCUGAUGGAGAAGAGAAGAACAGUGGAUUUGAAGAGGAGAGGAGGAAGUUGGUGUUGGCGUUGGAUGAAGCAAGUGAGAAGAACAUUGACCUGGAGCGGAAGAGCAAUGCCUAUAGAGCUGAGAUUGAGGGACUCAAGGGGAGUUUAGCGGCGGCGGAGAAGAAGAAAACGGAAGCUGAGAAAACCGUUAGAGCUUUGAAAGAAGCGAGAGGGAGAGAUGACGUGGCGGUUAAAUUGGAGGAGGAGAAGGCUCAGGUGGAAGAGAAGCUGAAAUGGAAGAAGGAGCAGUUCAAGCAUCUCGAGGAGGCUUACGAGAAGCUCAACAACACGUUUAAAUCUCGCAAGAAAGAGUGGGAGGAAGAGAGAUCGACGAUUCUAGACGAAAUCUACUCUCUUCAGACCAAGGUGGACUCGCAAAUUAGAAUCUCGGAGGAUCUCGAGAAGAAGCUUCAGAUGUGCAACAGCGUGCUGACGCAAGAAGAGACGAGAAGAAAGCAUCUGGAGAUCGAGGUUUCCGAGUUAAAGGCUAAAUACGAAGACACCUUUGCGGAGUGCCGAGACGCGAGGACGCAGUUAGAUGAGCUGGUUGGGAAAAGAGACGAGGAAGUCGCGGAGCUGAGACACUCGUUGAGCACCAAAGAGGCGUAUUUCAAGGAGAUGAAGUACGAGAACGGGAAGCUUGAGCAGGAGAACCGCGAGCUGCUGGCUUCGUUGAGAGAGCUGCAAGAAGCUACGAUCCAGGGAUCAGGAAGCUCUGCGCUAUCAAAGCUGAAAAGCAAGUUUCGGAACUUGGAGAACGUGCACAAGAACUGUUCAGCUAAUCUAAGGAGUAGAGAGUCUGAGUGGAGGUCUCAGCUGGAGAAGAUGGCUGAAGAGAUGAGUGAUUAUAAGUCCCAGCUGGGAAGUAAGGAUGCGGCAGUGAAUGAGCUUGAGUUGGAGCUUGAAAACUUUCAUUCUUCGGCAGAUAAAAUGAGGCUGCAGUAUGAAGAGAUCUCAGUUAUGUUCUUAGUGUUGAGUAGAACAGUGUCUGAGGCUCAGUCAAGGCUUGUGAAUGUCACAGAUGAACAAACCAAACACGAGAGAAGUAAAGAAAAAAGGUGUUCUAUAUUGAUUGAGGAGCUAGAGCAAAAGAGUGUUGCGCUGGCAAAGGCACGUGAAGAGACUGAAGCAGAACGUGAGAGGGUCGCGUGCUUGCUGAAAAGAGUUGAAACGCUAGAUCAUUUUGAAGAACAGAAUCUUCAGAUGCAGAAAGAGGUGGAGAGGUACAGACAAACAGUUGAGGAGUCAUCUAAACUCCAAACUCAGAUGAAAGAGAAACUGAAAGAGGCUGAUAUUGACUUUCAAGAGAAGCUUCUGCAAGUCUGUGAUGCACUUGACAACACAAACUCGGACCUUAUCGCAGAACGUGAGAGAGUCAUGAAUCUAACAAGGCAGAUUGAGUCCUUUGGUGUUGUCAAAGAGAAGAAUCUAGUGAUGGAAAAGGAACUUCAGAAGCAUAAGGAGAUGCUGGAGGAAUCAGAAAAGCGUCGAAUGGUUUUAGAGGAGCUUGAAAGUAAUUCCAAGGAGAAUAUUAGAGAGCUCUGCAGCAAGGUGGACACUGCAUAUGCAAAGUUGGCAGAAGAAGUUGAGAAGAAUGUCUCAUUGAUAAGAAAAAUUGAGUCCAUUGAUCAAAACGAAGAGCAGAGACAUAGGGAGCUUGAAAGUUACAAGGAGAGGCUUGAGAAGGCGACUAAAAGCCAAACUCUCUUACAAGAGAAAGUUGUAGAGGUGGAAAGCCAUUCGAAAAGGAAACUUGCUGAAGUUUCUGAGGACUUAGAAGCAGCGAACUGUGAACUGUCUGAUAAAACCUCUGAAGCGUACCAGCUUGAGUUCCAGUUAUGGGUCUGGAAAUCUAUUGCUAAGAGGUUGAAAGUGGAGCUCGAGCAAAACCAGAACCUCCGCAAAAGAGUGGAAGCUUCUCUUCUUGAACAGGUUACACUUGGAGAUGCCAUGAGGCAAGAAAGAAAUGAGCUGGUGAAUAAACUAAAGGCAGCUGCUAGGUCUGAUUCAGAGAAAGAAAUCCUAAUAAAGAUCAUGAGGGAGAAGGACAAGAACUUGGAAGAGGUACAGAGAGAGGUAGACUUGUUGGAACAAGAAUCACUUACGAGAGAACUUGAGGAUGCUGUUUUUGCGCAUAUAACUGCAGAGAAGGUGUUGCAGAACGAGAGAGAUGAAUUGGAAAGUUCAUUAAAGUCUGUGUCUUUGCUUCUGGAACAGAAGCAAAAUGAGGCUACUAUGGUUUACAACGCAUGGGAGAAACUAGCUGCUGAUAGGAUUCUUACCGAGGUAGAAACCGAGGCGAAGAAGCUGAUGAUAAUAGAGCUAGAAGAGGACAUCUCUAGUAUUAGCCAGAAGCUAGAAAGAUCCGAUGAGUAUGUUUCUUGUUUGAGAGUAGAACUGGAGUCUAAGCAGGGAGAGUUGAAAGAAGUAACCACACAGAUGCAGGAAAGGCUAAGAACUUCAGAAGCGGACAAGACAGAGUUAGUUAAACAAGUCACGAGUUUGUCAUCAGAAAGACAAGAUCUUCUCUGUUUUAUCAGUGAACUGGAGAAUGGAAUGUCGAAGCAGUGUGAUGAAGACACGAAGCUGAUGAAAGCUUUGGAGAAAACAGUCCAACAUUAUGAUGGAUUUGGUAAAGAGAACAACAAUGUUGGUUCUCCAAGAUUGGUAAUGAAGCAUGAAGAUGUUGCUGUUGAAGAUAGGUCACCAUUUAGACAACUUAACCAUUAGACUAGUUUGAUUCCAUUCCACAAAGACGCAAUGUUUUUAGUUGUUUUAUUCUCGGUAAAACUUGUUUGUUAUGUUGUUUGAUGUUUCUCUGAUGAAACCCUCUUUCUUUAACAGAGGUUUCUCUCAUUGUAUAAUAAUUAAUAAACAAACGUACAAUAGUAUGUUUAUUAAUCAUUUGCUCUUCUUCAGCAAAUUCAAACGAUUUUAUUUAUAUAAUU